CGGACCACGGACAACUAGCUAGUUAGAGGCCGCUGGAAACAAAACCUGACCCCACUGGAAAGCAAGUUCAAAACCUUGACUGUAUUUCGUUACCCACAUAGCCAAAUAUCUGAUCAGUUUGGACCGCAUACUUAUUGGAUCCACAAGUUAAGAGUUUUGCGCUGAAGAUGGGGGUACCGAAAUUUUACCGAUGGAUUUCAGAGCGCUAUCCAUGCCUCAGUGAAGUUGUCAAGGAACAUCAGAUUCCAGAAUUUGACAAUCUCUAUCUGGACAUGAAUGGGAUUAUCCACCAGUGUUCCCACCCCAACGACGAGGAUGUCCAUUUUCGCAUCUCUGAGGAAAAGAUUUUUGCCGACAUCUUCCAUUACCUGGAGGUGCUCUUCAGGAUCAUCAAGCCCCGCAAGGUCUUCUUCAUGGCUGUGGAUGGUGUGGCGCCAAGGGCAAAGAUGAACCAGCAGAGAGGGCGGAGAUUCAGGUCGGCCAAAGAAGCAGAGGAAAAGAUAAAAAAAGCCCUGGACAAAGGAGAGGUCCUUCCCACAGAAGCUCGCUUCGAUUCCAACUGUAUCACUCCCGGCACUGACUUCAUGGCGAGACUCCAGGAGCAGCUCAAAUAUUUUGUCCACAACAAGGUCUCCACUGACAAGCUAUGGCAGAACGUCAGAGUCUACCUGUCUGGUCAUGAGACACCCGGGGAAGGAGAACAUAAGAUCAUGGAGUUCAUUCGCUCGGAGAACGCAAAGCCGGGUCACAACCCCAACACCCGCCACUGCCUCUAUGGCCUGGAUGCUGACCUGAUAAUGUUGGGUCUAACCAGCCACGAGCCAAAUUUCUCCCUGCUCAGAGAAGAGGUCCGCUUUGGAGGAAAGAAAUCCCAGAAAAGGAUAACAGCUCCAGAAGAGACAACGUUUCACUUACUUCACUUGUCUCUGAUGAGGGAAUACAUCGACUAUGAGUUCUCUGAACUCAGGAAUCAGAUUGGUUCUGAUUAUGACUUAGAGCGAAUAAUAGACGACUGGAUUCUGAUGGGAUUCCUAGUGGGAAACGAUUUCAUCCCCCACCUCCCUCAUCUUCACAUCAACCAUGAUGCUUUGCCAUUGCUGUACAAGACCUACAUCAGUGUACUGCCCAUCAUGGGGGGUUAUCUGAAUGAGAACGGCCAUCUAAACCUAAGAAACUUUGAGAAAUACCUGGAGAAGCUCGCUGAGUUUGACCGGGAACAUUUUAGCGAGGUGUUUGUGGACUUGAAGUGGUUUGAGAGUAAAGUUGGCAACAAGUAUCUAAAUGAGGCGGCUGGACUUGCAGCAGAGAAGGAAGCUGCUGGCAAAGACACCAACAAGAUAGAGGAUUAUUCCCUCUGUCUGGCAGCUCUGACCUCAUCAGAUGAAGUGACUGGAGAAGGAAAGGUGACGAUGGCAGAAGAUGAGGAGGAGGAGGACGACAUGUUUGAGACUGAGUUCAGACAGUACAAACGCACCUACUACAUGACCAAGAUGGGUGUGGAUGUGGUGUCUGAUGAGUUUCUAGCCAAGCAGGCCAAGUGUUACGUGGAAGGUAUCCAGUGGAUUCUGCACUACUAUUACCAUGGGGUUCAGUCCUGGAGCUGGUACUACCCCUACCACUACGCUCCCUUCCUGUCUGACAUCAGGAAUAUAUCGGGGUUAAAACUGACCUUUGACCUCGGGAAACCCUUCAUGCCCUUCCAGCAGCUUUUGGCUGUCCUGCCUGCUGCCAGUAUGGCACUGCUGCCUGAGUGUUACAGGCACCUGAUGACCAGUGAAAGCUCGCCCAUUAUUGAGUAUUACCCCCUUGACUUUAAAACGGACCUCAAUGGCAAGCAGCAGGAGUGGGAGGCUGUGGUGCUCAUUCCCUUCAUAGAUGAGAGGUGCUUACUAGCGGCCAUGGAGCCCUACAAUCACAAGCUGACUAAAGAAGAGAAAGCCAGGAAUUGCCACACAGAGUGUGCAGUCUACUCAUAUGACAGUGAAAUAGACUUCACAUACACGUCCACCCUGCCCCAGCUGUUCCCCGACAUCAUCCACUGCCACGCCAGGAUAGCGCACAUCCCCAUGGAUGCCUGGCAAGUGCCUCUGGACCAUGUCAGCAGGCGCGUCGACCGCUCAGCUCUCUACUUCUGUGGCUUCCCCACUCUACAACACAUCAGACACAAGUUUUAUAAGAAGAAGAAUGGGGUGGUUGUGUUCCAGCAGAGCAGCAGAGGGGAGAACAUGAUGCUGGACAUCCUACCCAGCCAAGAAGGAGAGACGCUAUGUGAUGAUGUUGCCGCGCAAGUCCUGGGGAAGUCUGUGUUCGUGAACUGGCCCCAUCUAGAGGAAGCUCGUAUCAUUGCAGUGUCAGAUGGCGACACCAAGUUUUGUCUGGAGGAACCGCCUGGUGUCCAAAGAGUGUAUGACAGGCCCUCCACUCCUCCUCCCACCAAAGUCAACUGCCUGUCUGACAAAGAGCAGAAGGAAUGGGUGAAGGAUGUCCAGGGAAUCACUGAACAUUUCCUGAGGAGGAAAGGCAUCGUGGUGAAUGAGACAGUGGUGGUUUUGUACGGCCAGUUGCUGACAGGAAGGAAGUAUGUCCCCAAAGCCAAUGGAGUGGUGGAACUAGAGAAACAGUGGUCCAAACAAGUUCUCCCUUUCGCCUACCAGACCGUGGUUAAGGACAUCAAGGCCUUUUACUCGUCUCUCACCUGUUUUAAGAGCUUAGACGAGCUCUUUCCUCAAGCAACUACUGUCUUCAUGGUGGGGAACCCGUACUACGGAGCCAUGGGGGAGGUGCAGGAUUCUAGUGAUGUCAUUAAAGAUGGUCGAGUGCGCGUGGUCUUCAACGUGCCACAUGAGCCGCAGCUGGAGCCCUUAAUCCAGAAUCAGCAUAAAUACUGUGUGAAGUACUGUCCCGGAUAUGUUCUGGCGUCUCGUCUCGGCAUCACCAGCUACCUUGUCUCCCGCUUCUCAGGAAGCAUCUUCAUUGGCAGAGGCUCUAAGAAGAAUCCCUGUGGGGAGCAAAGAGCUAACGUUGGCUUGAACCUGAAGUUCAACAAGAAGAAUGAGGAGGUUCCUGGAUACACCAAGAGAACUGAAAAGGAGUGGCUCUACUCUGCUGCUGUGGAAGAACUGCUAGCUGAAUACCUGGACAGGUUUUCAGAGGUAUUCAACACAGUGUCCAGAAACAGCCAUGAUGAUGUUUUCUAUGAAGAUGACAUCUGGCCUGGAGAGGACCAGAAUGGGGCAGAGAAGGUCGCUGAAAUCACGUCAUGGCUGAAAAGUCACCCAGUCAGCUCCAUCAGCAGGGCGUCAUGUGAUCUACAGGUGCUGGACUCUGCCAUAGUGGAAAGGAUCGAAGAGACAGUGGAGAAGGCUAAGGUGAAGAAGAGCACCAAGAAAGUCCGUGUGACCGUUAAGCCUCAUCUGCUCUUCAGGCCAUUGGAGCAGCAGCAGGGUGUGGUUCCAGACCCAGAUGCAGAGUAUCGCCUCUUUGACAGGGUGGUCAACAUCAGGGAGAGCUUCACCGUCCCACUGGGACUCAGAGGAACUGUUAUCGGCAUUAAAGGAGCGGAGCGUGAGGUAGAGGUUCUCUAUGAAGUGCUGUUUGAUGAAGAAUUUGCUGGUGGACUCAACAUCAGGUGUACGUCACCUCGUGGUUACCGCCUACCCCCCUGCGCUCUCAUCAAUCUUUCCCACGGAGCCCGAGUGGAUCACACCUCCCACAAACUCACCGCCAUCGUCAAGCCUCAGCCCGCCGCUGGUGCUAACUUCAACGCACACCGCCAGCUGGCCGGCCUCAACCAUUCGCCACGGUCACCCUUUGUACCCACACAGCAUAACAACAAACACGGCGCGGUGAAGGCAGCCUCCCAGGGCAACAGGAACUCUCCCUCUAAGGGUCCCAUCCAGAAACAGCAGGCCAAGAGUAAAGAGGAGUACAGUAAUGUGUGGCAGUCUUUGCAGAACUCAGGCCCUCCUAGCAAACCACCUGCUCACUGGCAAAAUAAUGAAGGAUACCCCCAACAGGGGAAAAACCAGCACACAACCUCCAACAAAGCUCAGGCUCCAGUUGGUGGCAUCAGACUGUUGAAGAAAAAUGAAGACGUUGACUCCCUUUUCCCCUCACAGACCACAGCCAAUAAGGCUUCGACUGAGUUUGAGGACCUCAUUGCCAGUCUAAAGAUCUCUAAGGGAAGCCAGCAGACCCCACCCCCUCCUGCUCCUCCACAAGCAACCACCAGCCAGUCAGAUGGGCCAUUGUCUCCACAAUCCUUUGCCAUGAAGGGAACCCUGGUACUGAAGGAGAUGCUGAAGAUUGACAGUGCUGGAACAGGAAGUCCCUCUCUCCAGGACACAGCUAACACCACCCCCUCCGUAGGUCAGCAGCAGAACAGGAGACGAUCAUUCAAGAAACUAGCGGCAAAUAUGAAUGCUCCCCAUGGUGACACAGUUGCAUUAGCUUCUCCUGCGUCAGCCCCCUCCACCAACCUCUCCAACACUGUGCUGACCAGUAAGGUGUCUGAGUUGGCAUGUGUCUGUGUGGGUUUAGGCAUGGCACCACCCGAGUUCAGCUAUAUACGAAACAGACAGGGUCUAGUAGUGUGUCAGGUGAAGCUGUCCAAUGGGUUGAUGGUUCACGGUCCGCAGUGCCAGUCAGAAAAUGAUGCCAAGGAGAAAGCUGCCUUCUUUUCCCUCCAAAGACUGAACUCAGUGGGAUCGGGCUUCCCCCUCCCACCUCCUCUAUACCCAGGAGUGGGUCAGAUACGACCUCCACCCAUAGGAGCCAUGACCCCGGUCUUCAACCAACAAGGUGGUUUGCUGUUGCCCCCCCAGGGCUAUGCUCCUGCCCCUCUGUGGGGGAUGGCGCUGCCUCCGCACCACCAGAGCCAACCGUUUUAUGGAGCCGCAGGAACCUUCCCCGGUGCCGCCCGCCCCCAGCCUGCAUCCACACUGCCCAUCGGCUCACACAACCAGUUCAUCCCGUUACAGGUAACCAAGAAGCGGGUCUCAGCCAACAAGAAGACCCAGGAAACUCGAGAGUUUUACAGCGCCGCCCAAACCGUGGCCAGAAACCAAUCACAGAAAGCCCAGAACCAGCUGUCUGGCCAAUCACAAAUUCAGAGUGAACCACAGAGCGGUAAAGUCGACCAGCCACACCAACAUAAUGACAACAGCAACCCCUCUUCGUCCAGCACCAGUCUAGCAGAUGCCGUUUCCAUGACGACAGCAGCCCCGCACACACCCCCUCGACAAAACAUCUCAGCAACAGGCCACAACCCCGGCUCUGCCUCCAAGAGGAAGCACAGGAAGCUGGCUGUCAACUUCGAGGCGGCUAAAGUCUCAGACUGAUGAGCUGGUGUUUCUGUGUGUGUGUGUGUGUGUGUGUGUGUGUGUGUGUGUGUGUGUGUGUGUGUGUGUGUGUGUGUGUGUGUGUAUGUGAGAGGACAGAGGUGUGUGUAGUGUUUUUAAGUUGCUGUUUUAUAGCCUGACUCAGCAUCUCUGAUCAAAACCUCCUCAAUCGGAAAGUUUCUUUCCGCUCAACAUUUCGCCGUCGAACGCAGCGCCAGUUGAAACGGGGGCCCAGAGCAAACUUUGGAUUUAAAAAAAAAUCGAAUUAUGUUGUUCGCUUGAGCAAACAAAAUUAUUCCCACUUUUCCUUUUCCCGUCUGCCUCAAAACGCAGCUCAGAAACAUCAAGCCUGUGCGGAGUUCCAUUCUCCCUUCACCUCUUCACUCAGAGCUAUGUCACUGCAGAUGUCUACCAAGCCUGGUUAUUGCAGUUCUCCACUCCUCCGAGAUGUUGCCUUCUCAAGCUUCUUUGUGGCCAGUGUGAACCUACAGGGUGCUCUACAGUUAGCUUACUGGUGUGGAAAGGAAUCCAGUAUACCGGCUAGAAGAGUAGGGUGCAUUCUGGGAUGCGGCCAUAACUCCUUUUGUCUUUCUGUGACGCUUUCUUCGAAUAGGUUGAAUUUGUGGACCAGAAUUCCUCUUCAUUAGCAGAAUUGACUAAAGUUGUAUUUCUUUGAAUCAGAACACCAGAGCUCUGUUCAGCAGACUUAAAGGAAAACUUUGAUUUGUUAUAGGUUUUUUUUUUUUUUUAAAUUCUUGUCCAUUGAGCUUGGUCUGGUUGAGAAUGCCCAGGACUGAAGAACAUCUAGUGGAGUCAAACCGUGCCUAAAAAGUGCAUAGUCUUUAUUAAAUAUGCAUUUUAGGGAAAAUUCAGUAAACAAAGAGCUACUCACCAGUCAGCGUGUUGAAACUUAAUACACCGCUCAUAUUGGAAAACGUAAUAAAUAUUCUAGUCACUAAAAUCAGUGCAAAACAAGUAUCAUAUGAGUCAGUGUUACUGGGUAUUUUUACGCCGUGCAGCCUCCACACACGUCAGCUCCACUUGUUGCCUUGUAUGUUUAGGGUCAGGAGAGUUGUCACGCUGACUUUAGCUGCUGCUGCCGUCCCAGCUCUGGACCACGCGGCAGACAUUCACGCCAACACGGACUGAGAGCACGCAUUUGUUGAGACCCAUCAUGCUCCUGGUCACACAGUGGCCGCCAUCAUUUCGGAAAACCCUCUUGGAUCAAAUUUCGAUCUUGGUUCUCAGGGACACGUAGCCAUGGCAGAAGCCCUCUUCAGACGUUGGCCUCAGAUUUGCACUGCAGUGGCAACCACUGCCUGCUUUCACUUUCAUAAUGGUAGACAUAUUAUGUUACUUACAUGUACGUAUUUUAGAAAAGUAGUUUGGAUGGACAUGAUGCUGUGUUGGCCUUGUUUUGUUUUUUAUGGAGUGUUGGUAAUAUUAUGCAGAAAGCAGCCUUCUCUAAUGGCUACGAUUGUACAUACUGGUCACAGUCCAUGAAUCAUUACAGUCAUUUGUGUCAGGAUACAUCAUCUUUGUCAGGUUUGGAUCAGCGAUGUUGUCUCCCAUUUAAUUUUGAUUAUUAUUUCUUAUCCAGUUCCACCGCUUUUUAUUUCCCUCAGACUUUUGACACUUUUUCUGCAUUUUUACACUGUGUUUAUGGUGUGUUAAGUUAAAUGCAAACUGUCUGAGCACAUUGCAGAAUUACAUGGACAUGAGAGCUGAUCGGAAAAGAGCCCCCAACCCCUACACACACACACACACACACACACACACACACACACACACACACCCGCCCAUACAUGUGAUUAUAAAGCCACUGCAGAGCUGUUUUACACCAGCAGUUAACCCAAAACCUGACCCAACCUACAAUAAUAAGAGAGUUCAAAUCUCCAGAGGAUGUUUUUAACGUCCAUUUUAUUUUAUGAACUGGACCCUGUGAAGUCCUCUAAUUUUAUUGCUGCAGUCUCCAAGCUAAUUUUACAUUUAUUGACUUCUGUUGGACCUAGAGGAUCACUUACACUGCCAGAUUCCAAAAGCAACUUGAUACAAGAUCCAUCUUUCUGUUUGUAAUUGUAGGGUACCUGGAGAUUGUGGCUGAUUUUACACAGGUGCAAAAAAAUUGACCUUUUUUUUUGUUGUUGUUGUUGUUGUCUAUUUUCUCUCUUCCACUAACUAAUUUAACAGUUUUCUUGUGAAAGUGGGAGCUCGCAAAGUUUAUACCAAUACCAUGUACUUUUGAGAUUUUUAAUAGAAAUGAGAUAAAUGCAAUGAUUUUA